AUGGCUAUUGUUUUGAGAUUUGUUGAUAAUGAUGAUUUUCUAAGCGAAUUUUUUUUUAACAUUGUGUGGGUUGAAGACACUACUACAUCAACACUUCAGAAAGAGAUCAAGAAAGUACUUGAUCUCCAUGAAUUAUGUAUUGACAAGAUGAGAGGUCAAGGAUAUGAUGGUGCUAGUAAUAUGCAGGAGUUGUUGGUUGCUGGUGAACGAGAGACUAGUAGAGGAGCUAAUCAAAUUGGUACCUUGCAUCGACCUGGAGCUACUCGGUGGAGUUCUCAUUAUGAUUUAAUAGUAAUGUAUGAUGCAGUUUGUACGGCUCUUGAGAAUAUAAAGAAGGAUGGAUCCAUAGGCUCCUUACGUGGGGAAGCUACUGGUGGAUACAAUGCGAUUAGGCAAUUCGAAUUUGUAUUCAUCUUGCAUCUGUUGCAAGAAAUUAUACUCAUAGAUAUCUUUUGUCGAGAACUACAACAUAAGUCUCAAGACAUCGUGAAUGCUAUGAACGUAGUUGGUACAACAAAAGAUGUCCUUGGAAAAUUGAUAUUAAAUGGUUGGGAAACUUUUAUUGGGAAAGUAGAUUUGUUUUGCAAGAAACAUGACAUUGAUAUGCCUGAUAUGAAUGCUCAAUAUAAAGUGGGAACAUGUCGUUCUUGUCAGCAUAAGGACAAUAUUACAGUUGAGCAUCAUUACCACUUUGACAUAUUCAAUGAUGCAAUAGAUUUUGAAUUGGCAGAGUUGAACAGUAGGUUCAGCGAAUGGGCAAUGGAACUUCUUAUUCUUAGUUCAGCUUUGCAGCCUUGCAAAGAGAUUUUAUCAUCAAGAUUUCACUCCAAAAGAGUUACAUAUUUUGAUAUGCGAGCGAGGCGGAUGUACCUCAUCAUCUUGUACUUCAAAAAGUGUCUACACUCUUUGAAUUAUGUUAGGGAUUAG